AUGGAAGAUGUAGUGGUGAUGUUCCCCUCUAUUGGAAUUGGCCACCUCAUUUCAAUGGUGCAGCUCGGAGAACUCAUCCUCACCCACGACCCUUCACUCUCCAUCACCAUCCUCCUCACUCCUAAGCAUUACGAAGCAGCCUCCGCCGCUAAUUACAUCAAAACCAUCACCGGAACCACCCCUUCCAUCAACUUCCACCAUCUCCGACCCCUCCACCACCCUCCACCUGAUUCUUCCAUUCAUUUCUUCGACMUUGUAUAUCAACUCAUCAAGCAAUACAGACCCGUCGUCAGAGACGCCCUCCAAUCCAUCUCGGAGAAAUCAAACAUCAAAGCUGUCAUCCUUGAUUUCAUGUCGAAUCAUGCUUUUGAAGUCUGUAGAAGCCUCAACAUACCCACCUACUACUUGUUCACCGGCAGCGCAUUUGGCGCCGGCAUAAUGUUGUACCUCCGGACAGUGCUCGAGAAAUUACCUGGGAGCUUGAAAGAUCAGAAAUUUUACAUUGAAACUCCGGGAAAUCCGCCGAUUUGUUCUCUGGAUAUGCCGUCGACGAUGCAGGAUAAAGACACUGAUUCUUACAAAAACUUAAUCAGCACAUCAGAAAAUAUGGCGAAAUCCAGUGGUAUCAUUGUCAACACGUUUGCGGCUCUUGAGCCAAGGGUCAUGAAAGCGCUCGCCGAUGGGGAGUACAUCCCAGACGGUCCAACUCCGCCAACUUACUACGUUGGCCCACUGAUUAAAGUUGAUACCGGUGACGAUAAGUGUUUAGACUGGCUGAGUUCGCAACCGAGUAAAAGCGUGGUGGUUUUGAUUUUUGGUAGCCUGGGGAAGUUGAAGAAGGAUCAGCUGAUAGAGAUAGCGAAGGGGUUAGAGAAAAGUGGACAAAGAUUUCUCUGGGUGGUCCGGAAUCCACCGCCGGAAAAUGAAGCAGGUCAUGCCUUUGAGUUCAAAGAUCCGGAUCUCGACGACUUACUUCCGGCAGGGUUUUUAGACCGGACUAAAGAGAUGGGGUUGGUGGUGAAAAACUGGGCACCACAAGGUGAAAUACUGAGGCAUGAGUCAGUGGGUGGGUUUGUCUGCCAUUGUGGGUGGAACUCAGUUCUAGAAGCUAUGCAUGCCGGAGUACCAUUGGUGGCAUGGCCGUUGUAUGCAGAACAAAGGAUGAACAGGGUGCAUCUAGUGGAGGGGAUCAAGGUGGCUCUGAGGUUGAAGAUGUCGGAGGAAGGGUUUGUGACGGCGGAGGAGUUGGCAGAGAGAUUGAGGGAGUUGAUGGAGGAAGAAAGUGGAAGGAAGAUAAGAGAUUAUGUUUCGGAUAUUAGCGUAAGUGCUAAAGCAGCGGUGGUGAAAGGUGGUUCGUCCCGAGUUGCCGUGGCUGAGUUGGUCGAGUCAUUGAAAUCGGUGCGAGUUUAGUCAACACCGAUCACUCGAAUUUAUUUAGAUAAAUAAUCUUAAAUUAGUUUUUAAUUAAAUACAUUGCCUUCUGUCUAUAUAAAAAAAUGAAUUUAUAUUUAUAAGAAGGUUAUGAAUUUAAUUAAAAUCUGAUUUAAGAUUAUAUACCUAAAAAUGUUCGAUGUUGGAGCCAAUAAUAAGUUUCAUGGAGAAGGUGUGUGGGUUGGCUCUUUGUUUCAUGGAGACGGACGUCCUCAAACCACAAUUGCUCGAUAUUAAUUAAUUAUUAUUGUUGUUAGUUUAUCAUCUAUUGUGUCAACUAAAUAUAAUUAAAUGCUUGUGGAAUUAUUAUUAAUUUUACUUUAUUUUAAUUAUUUAGGACUGUUCGACUCAUUUUCCAUAAGAUCUAUAUGAAUAAAGUUGAUAAAGUUGUCU